AUGGCCAUGGCAUUCACGGUCAAGCCCACCGGGCUCAGCCGACAUCUUCUGUUGAAUCCGACAUCUCUGUUCACCGUCGCUAAACCGCUGGUUCCCGCCCCGCGCCUCUAUUCUACCUCCAACUCCUUCCCGAAGAUUGCACAGACAUCAGUGUGGACGUCAAUGAUCCCCAAGUUCAUUCGAAAUCGCGGGGCGCGCAAGGAAGAUGCGUCAAAAGAGAAUUCUAAGGAAUGGAAUCCGGCCACUUUCUACAUCAUCAUUUUUACUUUGAUCGGUUCGCAAGCCAUUCGGAUGAUGAGUCUCAAGAACGACUAUGCGGCUUAUCGCCGUACCACCGAUGCGAAGCUCGAGCUGCUCCGUGAGGUGAUCGAGCGGGUCAAGAGAGGGGAGAAGGUCGACGUUGAAAAGCUGCUGGGGACAGGCGACGAAGCAAAGGAGAGGGAGUGGGAAGAGGUUUUGCGAGAGAUCGAAGAAGAAGAUUCUCUUUGGCACCGGAAGGCCAACCGCUCCGAAAGAAACCAACAGUCGGAGAAAGACCAAAAACAGCCAACGCAGAAGUCAGAAGGAAAGGACUCCGUGACCCCCAGCACUGCGAGUGCCGAUGACGAGACCAUGAAGAAGACCCAGUCAACACGCAAGUUGAACUUCUUUUGA